AUGUCUCUGUUCCUGGACCAGGAUUUCUCUUUACUGAAGUACAGUCAGCCCAGACAUCUGAUGGAAUUCAAGAUGCUGUUUGGAGAGCAGGAGCACUGUAAAGACGGCCGCAGUGAAGGAGCAGCGUCCUCCCCGGAGCCGGACCCGGGGCCAGGGCUGGCUGAAGCCCAGAGGAAGAGGAAGAGGACCAUCUUCAGCCGGGCGCAGCUGUCGGAGCUGGAGCAGGCCUUCGCGCUCACUCCUUACCCGGACAUCACGCUGCGGGAGCGGCUGGCGGCGCACACACACCUGCCGGAGAGCAAGAUCCAGGUCUGGUUCCAGAACAGAAGAGCCAGAAGUAUCAAGACCGGCAGACUCCCGAAGUCCUCCAAGCCGGCGUUGGGCCGGGGUUUGGUGGAGCCCCCCUCUGGUCCCGGGCCCGCCUCAUACCCGGUCCCAGCCGGCCUCUCAGACAUCUUCCGCCCGGAGCAGAGCCACCUGUGCGAGGACGUCCCACACAUCUACUCCGACUGGCUCCAGAUCUACAGCGGCCCCGCCCCGUCGUCCUCGGCUCUCCACCAGCAGCCGGCGCUCGGCUGCUCCAAACCCCCCGAGCCUCGCCUGUGGGAGGAGGAGUCCGGCCGACAGCAGCAGCCGCCGCCGCCGCCGCUAGCCGGGUUCCUCCCCAGGCCCGCCGGCUCCCGGACCUCUUACCAGGCCUUCAAGAGCUUCAAGCCCCAGAGCCUCACCGCAUCUCAUCAGGCCGUCUACGGAGGCGGCGCUGCGGCAGGAGGCCACUGCUCCGUGGACCAGGUGGUCCCCUCCCACCCUCAGCAGGUCUACUGGGAGGUCACACAAGGUCAAGGACACCACCACCAUCACCAUCAUCAUCACCCUCAGAUGGGACCACAGACCUCCAUGGGCUACAUCUCGGACUUGAUCUAUAACGCCGCCAUCGUCACCAAUUUUCUGGAAUUCUGA